UUCUAGUAUCGGAUUUUCCCUUUUGUAAAAGCACCAAGUGACAACUGUCAAUUUCAACAACUCAAUCUGAAAGCAAAUAAUACUAAAUAACUAAUGUGGUUGCUAGAUUUAAUGACAACUUAUAUUAUACGGAUAAUAUAGCUUUAAUAAAUGUUUAUAUAGCCGAUACCACCAUAUGAGGAUAGAAGAUAGUGUUCAUGAUAGCAUGCGAAAAGUGAAACGUGGAAAAAAAGUAACAAAUUAUGAUAUCUAGAUAACAUACUUAUGAUUGAUGGAAGACAGUUAAAAUGAAAGAAAACGUUUAAUUUUAUUCAAACAUUAUUUAGGAAAGUGUGUGCGCAUUUAAUAAACACUUUCCGUACAUAUAAGAAUAUUUAACAAAAUUCUGAAAAAAACAUUUUUUUCUACUGUUUAUUAUUUGAUUUUUUUUGCGUUGACAAUGACAAACCCACUUGGAUUCUUGCAACAGCAGCGGUUUAAUUUUGGACUUCAACAAUUGCGGUACCUUCAUCCACUGGCAGGAUAUUCACACCUACUGGAUCCUCUAGCUGUAGCCCAACUUUCUCUCACCAAGAAUCAACAAUAUCAUGCUGGAUAUCUUAACACUUUAAGUUCUUUAGUGUCUAAUGGAGAACUUGCUGGAAAUGGUUACUGCGGAAGUAGAAAUGCCUCGGACUUGUCACCAAAGGCCGACCCGCUCGGUGAUUUGGGUACUCGUCAACAUGAGCAAGAUAUAUAUGAUGAAAGAGACGAUAAAUCAGGGAAACGCCGAAGAACGCGAACAAACUUUACAAGUUGGCAGUUGGAGGAACUUGAACGGUCUUUCCAAAGCAGCCACUACCCAGAUGUGUUCAUGAGAGAAGCUAUAGCAAUGAGGUUAGACCUAGUCGAAUCCAGAGUUCAGGUUUGGUUUCAAAAUCGGCGGGCUAAAUGGAGAAAGCAUGAACACACAAGGAAAGGUCCCGGAAGACCUGCCCACAAUGCACAUCCGCAAACUUGCAGCGGGGAACCAAUCAGUGAAGACGAAAUUAAAAGAAGAGAAAAAGAAAAAAUUGAACGCAAGCGAAGAAAACAAGAGGAGAGAGUAAGAAAAUUAGAAGAAAAGAAGAAACUUUUUAGCAGCAUGAGUAGUUUUUCAAGUACCUCAAGCAGCAGUUGUGAUACAAACAAAAAGAACUCGGAUUCUGAUAACAAACACAGUGAGGAUAUUCAGUCUGAAAACGCGGAUGAAAUUGAUGUAUGCGAUGCAGUAGAAAACAAUUCUAAGCAAACGCAGUUAGUUGAAACUCCUCGAAGGAGAAAUCCUUUUAGCAUAGACAGUUUAUUGGAGAAAAGUUCUGAUAAUAACGAUGUUGUAAAGGGAGUGAAUGAAGAUUUGCCAAAUAUUUUUUCUGGACAUAUCAAAACAAGUCGUGUAUCUUCUGGAAAUACAGAAAUGAUGCUCUAGUCUUUUUGAGUGUAAAAUAAUUAAAUGUUAAUUUGUGAUUAAAACAAAACAAAAAUACGACAGAUUUGUAAUCUACAUUGAUGAUAGACAGGGUCAAGAACUUGUUCAAAUGUUAUCUUGCAUGAUGCAAAAAAUAAUAUUCAUUGCAAUAUUGUUUUUACUGUUCAACAAAUGAUAAUUAGUUAUUUUAACAUAUGGAAAUAUACAUGCAAUUUUGAUUUAAUCAAUUCGUUUUAAUUAAUAGCCAGGGAAAAUAUAAUAGGUGAUUUUUGUGGAUAAAUUCAUUUACGCUGCACAAAUCAAUAAAACAAUAUAAUAACAUUAUAAUUGUACUGAAUAAUAAUAAUUCAUGUCUUUGGUAUUUUAUAACUUACUUGUUACUAUCUAAUUACCAACACGUUUUUUUUCUAUAAUUUUGAUAUUUCAAAUAAUUGUGGAAAAUUAGAUAUAUAUUUUUGCAAAUAGUUAUUAUGAUAUUAUUUUCACAUACAAUGUAACAGUAAGCUAUAGAUUUUAAUAGUUAAAUAUUCAUAAGUUUUAUUUAAAUUUGGUUGCAAAUAUAUUUAAAAUGUACGGGUGAAAUCAUGUUUUUGUGUCAUUCAUUAGCAUUCAUUUAUUUUAAAUCUUCUAGCGUUAAAACUGCAUGCCUCCAGAUCAGCCAAGAUAUUUCAAGAAAAUUAAACUUGAAAAAAAAUGUACUAAGAUUUUAAGAAAAGAUUUAAGAUUGAACUAAUAAUUUACAUGUAAUCAGAGUUAAAGGAAUCACUUUGCAGUAUUCUACAUAUUUAUAUUGCGUUACUAAGGCUAUUAUGUUUACUUUGACCUAUUUCGGUAAUUUACGUGGUUUUCAAGUGCUGCUUGCAAUGUGUAAAUUAUUUUCUUUGUUUACCUCACAACAUAUCACUUUUAAAUAACUUUUAAAAUUGUCAUGAAAAUAACCAUGAAUAUGGAGGCAUGCAAAUCAUUAUAUACAUUACACAGUGAUAACCAUGUUUUAGACAAUACCAACAUACAACUUACGUUUUAUACGGUAUAAAGGCAUUAAACUGAUAUAAUAUGUUUCUGUUUCUGAAUAAAUAUCAUACGAAUUUACUUCACCUGAAAAAAUGGUGUUUUAGUAAAGAUUUUCAUGAAGUAGGUAGUACAUUGUUGAACAUAUAUAGACAAUAGUAGAAUAUUUAGCAAGGGAACAAUUAAUUACGUUUUUUCUUAAAUAAGUUAUUUACCUUGAAUAAUAGAUAUUCAUGUAUUUUUUUAAUUUGAUUUUACAUGUUUUGAAAUUUGUACUAUAUAUUUUAAAGUAAUAGAUUGACACACUUGUAGACAAUUUAGAUUUGUAAAAAUAUACAUUUUCGUAUGUAACUUAAGGCAGACAUUAUUUAAACAAAUAUUUGCAUUAUCUUAUUAUAUUUCAUUUUACUUUGUUUUCUUUGAAAUAUAUCGGAUCUUGUAAUACGUACAGAUAAGUCGUUGAAUAUGUUGGUAAUUUGUUAUUAAAUGAUUUCGAAUAAAAGACGAUAAAUUAUACA